AUGAAUGUUGAUUAUAAUGAUAUUUCUGAGCAAAUCCUACAGGAUUUAGGACUAAUUGUGAAUUCCAAUCGAAAUAAUAUUAAUCAGAUAUACAGCAUGUAUAGAGGUGCUGGGAGAUUAUUUAGCUGGCUAGUAACUACUUAUGAUUGAGCUAUUACAAUUAGAGACCAUUUCCCAAAAUUUUCAAAUUUUAAAGAAAUUGAUAGACUGAUAAAAAAAGAUUUCUUAGAAUAUAGCUCCUUAUGCGCAGUCAUUAAUUCAAUAAAAAAUAGAGAAAAAGAACUAGAAUUAUUAGAAAAUGCUGAUCUUCUAAUUACAGAUAUUAAUCACAACACUAAUUUGCCUUAA